AUGCAGAGUUUCACCGAUGCUAUUCUGAAAUUCAAUAUGUACGACAUAUUUACGUACCUUGUCGAUAUGAAUAGAGAUUUAGCCAAACAAGACGAUCAAAAAGACUCGAAAAAUCAAAUAUACUUGAAUCAAAUACUACAAAUCGUUGAGAAGCAAAGGGAUUUAAAUCCAAAACAAACAUCUAAGAACAAAAAAUCAGACCAAACUGUCUCAAUUAAGGAAAAUGAUUCAACAUCAAUCAAUGUUUUUAAGUUGGCCUCGCGGAAUCUCGUAAUUAUCCUUCAAUCGUUACAAUCUAAGACCUAUGAUAUAGCUAAUCAAUUCUUAAAUGAUUUACACUUGGAUGACCAAAAUGAAUUAAGUGUUGUUUCAAAAACUUCCAUAGUUUUCCUUAUCGAUUUAUUUGAUCAUUUUCCUGGCCAAUUGGGUUCAUUAAUCAGUUUCAGUACUUCGCAAAUCUAUAAAAUAUUGAAGAAAGAUCCAAAUAUUUCAAGUAAUUUGUUGUAUCUACUAUAUUCAAUUUCCAAGAAUGCAACAAAAAUAGAUAUUGAUGAUAAGUUGAAUGCGAAAUUAAUCAAAAUUUGCACAAAGGCCAUUACUCAGGAAGCUAUAUCGUUUGAUUUAAAUGACGAAAAGGAUAAUUCCUCAAUUUUAAUUAAAAAAAAUUUCAUAUUAUGCCUCAAAAACUUUUUCACAUUGAGUAUCUCCAGUCGUUAUGAAAGUUUAUUGGAAACCUCGGCUAGUUCAAAUCAAGCUGGGGCUAAAUUAAAACCUGAAACUAUCAUGAGUCAACAACAUCAAUUUCAAAAUAAUCUUUUAAAAACAAAUGAAAAGCUAUUUGACUAUUGUCUUUCCAAUACUCUGAAAGAAAUAAGAGUUGCUACGACAGAUAUGAUUGCUAGUUUAUUAAUCAAUUUCAUACCGACAGGAGAAUUCAAUUCCAUAGAAUUUUUGAUAAGAUUAUAUCCAUUACCUGAUUUAAAUUUGUGGGACCCGAGCUUGCAAAACAAACUUGAUUUAGAUGGUGAGACGAUCAUUGAAUCCAGAAAAGAGAAAAAUACUGUGGCAAAUCAUGACAGUUCUUCAAUCUUGAAUUCAGCCUUAAAGCUCAACUUAAAACAGUCAAGUGUAAUGUCGACCAUCAUUUUUUAUAUCCAAAUGGAACAAUUUCAAAAUCCUGAAUUUUUAUCAUCAAAUUUGAUUUAUAUACUAAAAUUAAUUCUUUUGAAAUUCAACGACCUGGAAAACAUUGUACCAUCGAUGCUUCAAGUCCAAGACACUAACUGGUAUAAGACUUUAAAUAAUUGGAGUACAUUAAUAGAUUAUUUGAUAACAGAGACGGGUUCAGCUGCUAAUGAUAUACUUAGUGAAUUCAUCUAUUCUAGAUUCGAAUUAGGUCUGGAAUCAAAGUUAGAUGAAGAUAAAGAUGAAUUCACAGAAAUGGGGUCUUUGAAUAAGGAAAAGAAAAAAGAAUCGAAGAUUUUUGUUUUUAAAAGUAGCAAAUCUAACAAAAAAAGGGAAUUAAGUAGUAAAAUCAAUAUCUAUACAAAUCCAUAUCAAGCAUGUUUGACGAUGCUUAUUAUUCAAGUUGUUUUACCUACAGGAAUUAACUUUGAUUCAUCUAAUAAUCUGAAUGGUGUAAACGAGAAAGCCAGUUCUGAAAAUCCCGAAGACGAAGAUUAUGAAAUUGCAAAGAGUUCAAAUGAUGAAGGCUCUUCGUUUUUAGAAAGUGCAUUAUUGACAUUAAUAGUUAACGACAAUUUUUACAUAAGAACUAGUGCUAUCCAAACUUUUAUUGCAUAUGCAAGGUACAACCAGGCAAUAAUCAAUCAAUUGAUAUUGAGAAUUUUCAAAUAUGUCAAUCAAGAGCAGAAGCAUUCCGAAAAAGAAUCCAAAAAAGGGGAGAAAAAUGAAAAGAAUGUUUGUGGUAUUACUUCGGUCAGGCUAUUGAGUUAUUCCUUAACUCUAUCAGCGCUAAUCAGACAAACCGAUCCCGCGUUACUUCAAAAUUCAGUGAUUGUUAAAAUCUUAAGUUUUUGUACACAAAAUUUAAAACAUAGCAGUAAUACAUCAAUAAAGAACUCAAGUUGUUGGAUAAUAUUGUCUUCCUUGAUAUCAUUAUAUAAUUCUUCAGAAUAUGUGAAAUUAAAUUCAUCUCAAUUUUUGGUGUUUUGGAAAAACUUACUCACUUCCCAAUUUCUUGGAAAUACAAUAAAUUCUGAUGUUUCAAGUGAUAAUGAGAUUAUCUCCAAUUUAAAAUUGAGAGCUUUUGCGUUGGGUUGUUUGUUGAAUUACCUAAACUCAGUUGAAUUAACUCCGGAGUCAUUAAAACAAGUGCUGUUUCUUUUGAGUAAAUCUUAUAAUUAUUUGUCCCAUUUGGAAAGCAGUAUUGAGAGCGUGGGAGCGGUAACAACUUUGAAUUAUUCUUCCUUCAACAAUUUUGAUUAUAAUCCCAACAUAUUAAAUAAUAUACUAUACUCCAAUUACUCAUUUAAUAAUCAACUCGUGCCAGAGAAGAUGAUCAUAAGUUUGAUAUUUUAUAGUAAAAAACUAAUAUUUCAAAGUUUUAUCAGGAUAACUAAAACACUUAAGAGUGAAAUCAAUUCGAGCAUUGUCAUUUUUCUUAUCAAAAUCUUUAGCGAUCACAGAUUAUUCGCCAGAGAAACAUCAAUUGAUUUGGAUAAAUCUUCCAAGUCAAAAUCCAAACAACCAAAGAUGAACUAUACCCUUGACGCCGAUUUUUCAUAUUUGAAUGAUGAAUUCAACUACCAUUAUGGGGUCACAAGCAAAUCAACGACACUUUUCGAUUCAGAAAAUAAAAUCAAGUCUGAUAAUUAUGAUGCAAAUUCCAGAUUACAUAGUGUGUUCAACAUGAACGCACAAAAUGGGGCUUCUUACUGGUUAGAUGUGUUUGAAAAAACAGCGUUAGAUUCGACAGAAACGUCUUUAAAUUAUGAUCCCAAUGUUUUGAUUACACAAGAUCUUAAUUCACAUAAUAAUGAAUCUCCAACUUUAAUGACAUCUUUGGUGGAUUUAUCAAUUGAAUUAUUUCAAGCACUGUUUCCAUAUUUGACAAGCAAAAUCCAAUUUUCAUUGUUAGAACAAAUAAGAAAUUCUUUAUCAGCAAAACCUAUAGAUGAAUUCAGAUUUUAUGCCAUUCAAAAAAAUGUAUCAAUUGCAUUGUUUGGAGUUGCAUUGAAUGCAGUGACAAACAACCUCACCUUCAAGAAAGAUGUAGUCAUGACUAUCAUUGACAUUAUUAGAAAUCAUGGAUGCAAAAGCAAGGAAUUUACUUCAAUUAACUCCAAAACGAUAGGCUUAUGCUCUCAAAUUAUUAGCCACGAUGACGCACAUGGAUUAGUUACUACUUUUGUCAACGAUAUUGUUAAUAACGAUUCUCCAUUUCAAAGAGGAUUUGCUGUUUUGAGUUUGUCUCAAAUAUAUUCAAAAAGUAAGGUAGGAUUUCAUGAAACCUACAAUAUUUUACUGCAGGUAAUAAGUGAUCCAAAUCCAAUAAUGUACUAUUAUACUAUUCAUUCACUUAUCUCAAUAUUGAACUCCAACAUAGAAAAACUAUCCAUUAUUCCAGACCUUUUGAAUAAGAUUUCAAUCAAUUUUUUAAGUAAUGCCUUUAGUUAUGAUUCGGAUAACAAGAUUUUGGAUAAUCUUAAUACUAGGUAUAGUGUUGCUGGACCAGUUGCUCAACUACUACGUUUAUUUGUGACAAAUUUAGGACCAGCAUUGAGAGAUUGGCCAAGUAGAAAUAAGACUAUGCUAAGAAACCUCAUUAUUUCUUUUAGUUAUGGAAUAGGGUUGGCCACUCUUGAAGAUUACAUACAAGUAUAUAAACAAUUAAUGGAGCUAUUUCAGGAAUUAAUUAUUUUUGAUCCAAAUUUGAUCGAAGGAGAGGUUGGAAUAUUCACAAAUUUGUUGAAUUUAAUAAUAUCCAAGAAUUUAAAAGUAGCGGUUGGUAAUAUAUCUCCUACUUCAUUGAAUGCUGAGACUAUUUUUCCAUUCACAACGAGUUAUGAUUUAUAUACAAGUGCCUAUACUUGUUACUAUGAACUAUUGAAAAUAUAUGGGACAUCAAUACUUACUCCAGAAACUGAAUAUUUGAUUUGGGUGUCAAUGAAUGUCAAACCAUGCGUUGAGUUGGAGCGUCUUACUAAUUUGUGGUUAGAGUCUAGUUUGGAUAAGAACUGGUUUAACACAUUGAAUACAUUGUUCAAAUCUAGUAUGAAGAAACUUGUUGGGCCAUUUCUCGAAUCCAAUUAUCAGCAGAAAUUAUUACCACUAUCACAGAGACAAAAGAAGAAUAAACGAGAUAAUGCAGUUGAUUUCAAAGAUGAAGAAAACGAAGGAAUUGUUGGAGGUGAUGAAGACAACUUGGAACAAAACGAACCAAUUUCGUGGAAAUUCAAGUUAUUUAUUUACGAUUCUUUAAACAACUUAUUAAAAUUAGCUUAUCAUAAUAUUCAAUUGACCGAGAAAUUGAAAAGUAAAAUUCCGGAUAUUGUCAAGCUUUCAUUUUUGGGUUCCACAUCGACAAUCUCGGAGUUGAAAAUAAAAGGAUUAGAUGUAUUGAAUUCAACAUUGGAAUUAUUUGGCGAAUUUGAAGAUCCAUUAUAUUUCUCAGUUUCAAUACUAGAGCAACAGCAGGCUCAAAUCAUCAGUGCUUUGAUUCCAUGUUUUACACCGGGAAACGAUUUUAGAGUAAUUGUCCAUGCAAUAGGAGUUUCGUCAAAUUUUAUGAAUUUACCAAGAAUUAAAUUUUAUUCCAAACAAAGAAUAUUGAAAACAUUAACUCAACUAUUGGAGGAGAUCUCAUCUAAUAAAUUUUUAAAAUUUGGAUUUUUGGAGAGCAUGUCUGAAUUUGGCAAAAAAAGCAUCCAAUUAGCAAUUCUUAACUGUUGGGCUAUUUUAAGAAUUGAUUCAAAUGAAAAAACUGAUGGUAGUUCGGAUGAAGAAUUUAAGCAAAUUUUGGAAAAAUACUCUAAGUUAUUGGUGUCGUUGUGGAUAAUGGCCAUCAGAGAAUAUUCAGUGAUCAAGUACAGCGAAUCUACUAGUAAGGAAAUGGAAAUUUAUGGAACAUAUUGGAUCAAUUUGAUCAAUGUAUUAAGUUUGGAGUCAAAUAAAAAUGAACAAUUGGUAAAUGAUUUACUAUCUGGAGAAGCUCAAAAUUUUUAUUUCAUUCUAUUCAGUCAAUGUAUGGAAUCAUUGGUGAAAAAUAGAAAUGUAGUUCAGGUUCUUCAUUCGACUAAAAAAUUAUUGAGAAUACAUUAUUUGGUGGAUUUAAUAUUUACUGAUCAAAUAUUCAUUGAAAUCGUGGACAUUUUUGAUAGGUUGGUCUUAAUUGAUGAUAAUACUGAAGUGCAAUGCUUAUUAUUGGAAAACGUCAACAUUUUAUUUCAAACUUUUAUCUCGUCUCACCCUACAAACUUGGAGACUGGAUUUGACAGAUUAUUUGAAUUAAUUAGAAUUACUAUGCUUCCAUUAUUCAGAAUUUUACCUUUUUUAAAAACUGACUACGAAGUCACGGAUGAAUUUGCCCAUGAAAAUUUACUCAAGCAUGCAGAAUCUGCUGCCAAUUUAUUAGUAUUGAAAAAGGCAUUUGACAAUCUAGUUGAAAUGAUCUCGCUUUUCCCGAAAGUCGUAAAGAUGGAUUUAUACUCAUGCUUGCUUUAUAUAUUCGCAAAAGUUUAUGCAACCAAAAAGAUUUAUUUGAUUUCUGUCAUACUUCCUCAUUUGAAGCAAAUUUUGAUUGGAAUCAACGAAUUUAAUAACACUUCGGUUACCAAUUUUUUCAAUAUUAUUAAAAAUUAUUAUGAGAUUACUCCUCAAGAGAACUAUACAAUUAUUACUACUGUGGUUUUACUCACUUAUGGAGCCAUAGAAUUAGAUGUGAAAAACUCAAAGAAAUUAAGCGAAUCCUUAUUAUCUGUAUUAAGUGACUCAAAUUCAGCUUCAUUAAGUUUGCAAUGCAUAAAGUCUUUAAUUCAAAGCAAUAAAUCAAAUGUUCAACCUGUGUUGAACUAUUUAUUGAGUGAUAUACUAAGAAGCGUUAGUGGAUUCAAUGAAAAAUUAGUGGUAGAUAAAAAAUUAUCUAUUGAAAUUUUGAUAAUGUAUACAAAAGUGAUAAAAAAUGACUUACCAAAAUCAAGAAUAAUAUAUUCUAUUAUUAUUCCUGUUUUAGCGAACAACGAAGGAAAAUGUGACGAUAUAUUUAUUCAUCAAAAGUUAAUGUAUUUAGUGAAAUUGAAUCCGGCAGUCUUCAAAGAAGCAAUCAACAACCAUUUAACAAAAUCACAGAGAGAAAAAACUGAGAAAUUGAUGAAAAUGAAAAUACAAACUGAUAACCAAGUUGAAGACACCCCUGCAAUAGAAUUAAGAACUUUUGUAUAG